CCCUCAUUCAGUUUUUCCAUUCGACCCUCAUUCAGCCUUUCACUUUCUCUUUGUAUUAUCUUUUUUCUUCCUGCUCUUUCUCCUCCUUUCAUUUCUCUUCUUUCCCAUCCUUCUCUGGCUUUGAAACCGUUUUUCAAACUUUUUUUAUUAUUUUUUAUUUUUUCGGUUCUACUUCGACCUUUUUGUAUCCUCAUUCCUGCCAGCACACUGAUCCUCCAACAGAUCGAGGCAUGGAGCCUCAGGAUCAGGCCUUCUCACACCGACCAAUGGGGGUGCAUUUGGACCAAGAUCCCAACACUGUAAACAAUGUUUCAGCAUCAUUAUCCAAUCACAUUCAUGACAGCAACCCAUUGGUAACUACUCAUUCACGGCACGGGAGCAUUGUACGGGACGACACUCGCGCUGCAAACGGCAAUAGCAAUAGUAAUAGCAACAUUCUUCCUUCUUCACGCACAUCCUCAUCCACUACGCUUAUCAAUCCAUCAUCUUCGUCUUCCUUAUCUGCUCGUUUGCCUAGCGCUCCUCCUGCAAACCCACCGCCUCGUUUUUUUACUCGACCAUAUCGACGUACACAGGAUCAUCAUCACUCACAUCAUGGAUCCAUUCAUAAUCCAAGUGGCGGUCAGAGCAGUUCCAGUAUCGGUGUUCGAUCGGCUUUUCGAGACUUUGUAUUACCCGCACAGAUAAUUCUCAUUUGUUCGAUUCUCAAUGCACUUUGGCCGACGAUAUCCAGGACCGUAACAACAGCACUGGAGUUCCUAGUUUUGGUUCUAUCUUCCUAUAGUGCCUGUGCACGUCGCAGCGAUGAUUGCUACUUUUUGGAGCCGUUGAUCCAUGAUGGGCAGGAGGCUGUCUAUGUCGAGGCCAUUCAGUGGACACUCCGAAGCGUUUUUUGCGUCUUACUGAUUUGGAUCGUUUUGGUCAGUAAUAAUUGGACGUGGCUCAUGACAUACCAGAAACGACUGUGGGUUUAUGUGGUACGGAUAUUUCCUUGGAAAAUCACUCGAUCGAAUAGCCAAUCGACAGGGCAAAGUUUACGACACCAGCGAAAGCCAUCAUCUGCACCAGCUACAGACCAGUUCAAAGACACAGGAAGCCUUGUAGGAUCGCCAACUCCAAGCCGUCAUCAUCCACGAAGGGCAGGGACCUCCAGCGCAAUAGACACGGAUGCUUUUUCAGCAGGUUCUGGAUCAGAAUCCAAAGCGCGGUUAAAAAUAAAGGCUCGAAAAGGUAAAGCUUCUUCAUCGGACAGCAUCCAUGAUGCAUCUAUAUCUUCCAACCGCUCGCCAUCCUAUAGUCACGCAAAUAGCAUAGUGGAUAAUGCAGGGAAAACAACAUCUUUGGCAUCUUCGGGAAUAUCCACGCAAUCAAGGCAAUUAAAAGCAAAAUCAACCAAGACAAGAGUAGCUGAUGCGGAUACGCGUAAUGGGUCUGAAAUGGGGAUAGAAACUACCACCGCCAUGUAUGAGACUGCAGAUGAUGGAUAUUUUCUUCAAAGCCCAAUAUCUCAGUAUCAAAGGCGGCGGACACAUCAGAAUCACAAGCCACCGAAUUGAAGUUCAUACAUCCAUUGCAUGCUCUCAACUCGACAAGCCCUAUUGUGCGGUCAAAGUCAUCGCACAAACGAUCACAAUCCGCUCAUCUUCCCUCCGCUUCACG